AUGACGACCAUGGAUCUGCGUGUCGGUAACAAGUACCGCAUCGGCCGCAAGAUUGGAAGCGGUAGCUUUGGUGACAUCUAUCUCGGCACCAACAUCAUCUCCGGUGAGGAGAUCGCUAUCAAGCUCGAGAGCGUCAAGGCCAAGCACCCCCAGCUGGAAUACGAAGCCCGCGUCUACAAGUCCCUCGCCGGCGGUGUCGGUAUCCCCUUUGUGCGCUGGUUCGGUACCGAAUGUGACUACAAUGCCAUGGUGAUCGAUCUGCUGGGUCCCAGCUUGGAGGACCUGUUCAACUUCUGCAACCGCAAAUUUUCGCUCAAGACCGUCUUGCUGCUCGCCGACCAGCUCAUAUCCCGGAUCGAGUACAUCCACGCCAAGUCGUUCAUCCACCGUGACAUCAAGCCCGACAACUUCCUGAUGGGCAUCGGCAAGCGUGGCAACCAGGUCAACGUGAUUGAUUUCGGUCUGGCGAAGAAAUACCGCGACCCUAAGACCCACUUCCACAUCCCUUACCGUGAGAACAAGAACCUCACUGGUACUGCUCGUUAUGCCUCUAUCAACACUCAUCUUGGUGUCGAGCAGUCCCGUCGUGACGACAUGGAGUCUCUGGGCUAUGUCAUGCUCUACUUCUGCCGUGGCUCUCUUCCGUGGCAGGGUCUGAAGGCUGCUACCAAGAAGCAAAAGUACGACCGCAUCAUGGAGAAGAAGAUGACCACCCCUACUGAAGUGCUGUGCCGUGGGUUCCCCAAUGAGUUCGCCAUCUACCUGAACUACACCCGCUCGCUGCGCUUUGACGACAAGCCUGACUACUCUUACCUGCGCAAGAUCUUCCGUGACCUCUUCGUCCGCGAGUCUUUCCAGUACGACUACGUCUUCGACUGGACCGUCUACAAGUACCAGAAGAACGCUGCCAUGAUUGUGGACGCCAACUCCAAGAAAGAUAAGGACGCGGAAGACCAGCAGCGUCGCCAGGCCGCCCCCGCCGGUGCCGUUGGUACCUCUGGUGCGGCCAAGCCCGGUGCCAUCUCUGGCCAGCGCCGUAAGGUGAUCGACCGCGGUACCCUUGACAACACUCCGGACACCAACCGUGCCGUGGGAGGGAUCUUCGGCGUUAGGCUGCGUUCUGCUUCGAAGGGUGCUGCUUCAGGUGCUUAUGGACCUUCUGGUGGCCGCUCGAAGCGGGACGAUGGGAUUGGGGCUCAGUGGUACUAA